AUGGCUGGUAAAAAGUGGAUGACUAGUUUUUUAAAAAGAAAUCCUCAAUUAUCUAUAAGGAAACCUGAAGCAACUAGCCUUGGUAGGGCAACAUCAUUUAAAGCUGAAAAUGUAAAAGUAUUUUUUGAUAAGCUAGGUGAAGUUAUGGGUAUAUACAAAUUCAGUGCUUCACAAAUAUGGGACAUUGACGAAACUUGUGUAUCUACAGUUGUAAAACCUAGUAAAAUUGUGGUUGCAAAGGGCAAGAGAAAUGUUAGUGCUAUGACAUCUGGGGAAAGAGGCACUAAUGUCACAAUGGUAACCACUGUAUCUGCCUCAGGAAAUACAGUACCUCCAAUGUUUGUGUUCCCUCACAAAAAUUACAAAGAUUAUUUUGUUAAUAAUGGUCCACCGGACUGUAUUGAGGUAGGUAAUGAAAGUGGUUGGGUUACAGAUAUUGAAUUCAAAAAUUUUAUGCAGCAUUUGAUUAGGCAUGUGAAGCCUUCAAAUGAAUAUAAAAUUCUGUUGAUUUUAGACAAUCACUCUUCUCACUUGCAUUUUGAAACACUAAACUUAGCAAAGGAGAAUGGAAUAGUCAUAUUGUCUUUCCCACCACACUGCAGCCAUAAGCUGCAGGCACUAGAUGUAUAG